GGAGCAGACAACUUGUUCACACCAAGCAGACGACACUUUAGUUAACAGAGUUCUCGAACUUUUUCGACACGCUUCAGAAAGUUUAACCGAUAGACUCAGGGAGAAACAGUUAGACCUAAUUUAGUCUUUUGAUUUAGUCAAGUUCUAGUGACAACAUAAAAGUAAUUGUAACUCUACUAUUCAACAACUCAAAGCAAAUUUUGUUCAAAUAGUUGCAACUAGCACACGUUUCCGUUUGUUGGACUAUUUACCGGAAAAAAAAUUCAAAUGUCUUCCAGACGCAUCAAUGUGUGCAUCUUAUAGCUUACAAGUUGGAUUUCGUCUUUUAACUUUCAGGUUCCUGUCACAGACCCAAGAUGUUAAUAUCUCCAUGGUAACCUGUGGAAUCACUAACAAACAUGGCAACAAGUCCAGUCAAUUUUGUCAGCAAUUUUACAACGUAUGAAACCUUGACCCCGACCUUGUUUUUGAACUCAGCAUAUGUGAAUAAAAGAAAAAUGAAGGAGGCACAGAUCCCACUGAUUACGUCAUCAGACUUGUCUACGUCUGCUUUGGAACCUGCUAAAUGCGCACUCCAAGGUACAGCGCAUACAUUGCCAGGAAUGAGACACAAUACCCUGAACAGAGGUGACACCUCUCGCAAAGCUGAAAAAAUAUACUCCCAAAGGGGGGAGACUAGAAACAGUCCACCCUGUGGAUCCGACACGGACGAUGAGAAUGUGGUUUCUUCCACUGACCCCACCGUAUUGGCCCAAUCUGAGAAUAAGAGGGCGUCGCCUAUGAAAUCUUCCAAAUCCCCGCCAGUAAGAGACUUUCUCUGGCGCCCAGUGUCGCUUGAUGACGAGGAAAAGGCGCCUUUAGAAGUCCAGGAGGCGGAUCCAGGUUGUCCUUGCGAUGACCCGAAGCAAGCUGCCUUUGGCCGAGAUGCUUCGAAAGUAGAUUUCAACAGAAACGCCAUUUAUGAUGAUAGCUAUCUGAUAUACCGGACCCAUAAAGGCAUGUCACCGCAUCAUGCGACCUCACAUAAAGAUACAUCAGAAGACGCAAGUGUAGCUUCUUUAUUAGAGCCAAAUAAAAUUCCCGAAAGAAGCUCCUCUUCUAGCACUAAGCGCUGCAUAAUGGACUCAUCCUGCAGUGACUCUUUUCCUGUCAAUAAUGUCAAGAGAAGCAGGGUAGAGAGUAGCCAAAACGACAGUGGCUACCUUUCCCACAAUGACAGUGGCUACGUGCCAUCUCACUCUCCUUGUUACAUAUCCAAUAAAUCGCCCAGGAAAUCCAAUGUCUCUAAAUGGACAGAGCUUGACACGACUUCCAGUAUGUCUUCCAGCGAACACAACGCUAAGGAAGAUAUAUUGAAAUCACUUCGGUAUCAUCCCAGCGUACAGCUCGAGAUUGCUAAGAGAUACAAAGAGGGCGAAUCUCAAGAAGACAUUGUUAAGUUUCAGUCUGAUUGUCACUUUGAUAGAAAUCACUUAGCAGUUGAAAAACCUGCUUAUUGUCCAGAAACCAUUGACUCUAGGGACAUCAAACAGAAAAAGAUGGCUUCACCAAUAGAUGAUAAAUAUGUACCAUUUUCUAGAUCUCCAUUAAGAUCAGCAGAGACUAUCAGAUAUGAUGCUCACAGUAAAAGCCACUCACAGAUCUCCCAAGACGUCAAACCUCUGCAUAUCAAUGUGCUUGAAGAGUUCAAAGGUCAGAAUUUUUAUCCAAAAGUGAAAAACGAGGCAGCAGUUAACGUCCACAAUGCACUGCGGGCUGACGUCACGCGUAAUUCUUUCCCGAAGCAGUCGGAGCCUCUGAAUGUUCCGGAAAUCACGCUGACACCACCAUGGUCUCCCGUUUCUCAGGUAGGACUGUAUCCCCACCCUGCAUUGACCCAUUAUUACAUGAAGCUUCUCCACCAAGCCCAGAGUCUUCACCCGACUGUUCACCACCACAUUCACCCCGCACUCCAGCAUCCACUGCACCCAUCCUUAUACACCGCCGCUGUCCUCAGUCACCCUACAUUCCAGCCGUACUCCAUACUCGACUCAGCAUUUACCAAGUCAGUUCUGCACAAGGCGUCUCCCAUAGCAGUUCACCCUUCCGCUUUUUACUUUCCUACAGCGCUGCGUUCCUUUCCGGCAUCACAGCAAGUGCCAGGACUAAUGGAGAAACUGGACCACAGUCACAAGCCAGCACUACGUAGAACAGACCUGAGCAUACCAUCUCCAACUAUGGAACGUAACACUUUUCUCAGAACGCAUGCGUUUUCCUUUCACAAGGGAAGCUCUUCAUUAUCUCCCACAUCACCGACCUGCAUGACUUCUCCAUCCAGUACAUCCAGCAGUGACUGUGGCUCCAUCUCCGGCUUCAACUGCCGCAGCAGCAAUCCAACCGCGCCCAAAGCAUCAGGCAAGUCACUGGAAGAGGCCGGUAUCUCCGUUGAGAAGCUGUUCCCGCCCAGAGAAGCACCAACCCCUGCGGUUCUCAAGCGAGGAGACAGAGACUCUGAGCAGGUCAGGUUUAACUGUGAAUCAUGCAACAAGAGCUACAGUACUCUGAGCGGCCUCAGCAAACAUAAACAGUUCCACUGCGCCACCCACGUGAAGAAAGAGUUUACGUGUAAGCACUGCGACAAGACCUACGUCUCCCUGGGCGCCCUGAAAAUGCACAUUCGAACCCACACCCUCCCGUGCAAGUGUCACGUGUGCGGGAAAGCGUUUUCCAGGCCGUGGCUACUUCAAGGACAUAUUCGGACUCAUACCGGAGAGAAGCCUUUCCGGUGUAACCACUGCGGACGAGCUUUUGCUGAUAGAUCCAACUUGAGGGCUCAUCUUCAGACGCACACUGAUGUCAAGAGGUACAGCUGCAAGAGCUGCAGCAAAACUUUUUCUAGAAUGUCUUUGUUGACAAAACAUGAAGACAGCUGCCCAGUCAGUGUAUUGUAAAGACACCUGUCCAGUCAAUGUCUUGUAAAGAUGGCUGUCCAGUCAAUGUCCUGUGAAGCUAGCUGUCCACUCAGCGUCCUGCGAAGAUAGGCGUCCAGUAGAUGGCUAGUGAAUAAAACUGUCUAGUCAAUAGUUUUUGAAAACAAUCUACCGUACCAUUAUGAGUAAUGUAUUUGUUAAACUAUCUCUGUCUUUAUUGUCUGUCUAUAUCAGUCUGGAGAGCUCUAUCUACUGCUGUAUUUAGAUUCCUAUCUCUCUAUGAUUCUAGAUAUUUAGAUAUGAAUAUACGUCCUUGACAUUGUGUCUUCUGCUAGAUAAUAAUGUACAUGUACAAUGACUGAAAUUACAGUUACGUAAAACAAACUUGAGAUGCGUGUAGAUUUAUACUCAUAAAAAUCAAUACUAUUGGCAGCACACAUCUAAUGAUACUGAGACCUCUAUCUGACAUUAAUGUCAAUUAUUUAUGACAUCAGAUAUUCAGGGCUGGAUUUAACUAGGUAACUUAAUCUACAGUUUGGGUCCCCCCCCCCGCUUGCUAGGGGGCCCACCAUCAGGGAUACUUGCAAUCCUUUUUAAGAAAAAGAAAUAUUGUUUUAUUUUGUUUUCAAGGGGACCCAUGUAUCCUUAACUCUUUCUCUCCUAACUGACGAUACCAACGUUGAUUUCACCAGAAUGUGGUAAAUAAUUAAGGAGUGAAAGAGUUAAGAUUACAGCCUUAUCAAGCCUAACGCCGGCCCUGCAGACAUCGUUCUAGCUUACGAUGAUAUUUGAAUAUUGGCAUUUCGAUCCCUAUGACCUUUGACCUAUUGCUUCUUCCAUAUUUCUACUUUCUACACACCAAAAAUGAAACCAAAAGAUAUUCCAUUUCUUUGUAAUAUAUUUGAUAUAGGCAUAGGAUCACCAUUGAUUCAGAUAAAACUCUAUUGUAUUAUGUUUAUAAACUACCAUUCCUUGAUGUAACCAUGACAAACCUUGAGGUUUAUUAUUAUUAUUGUUAAAGUGUACACAUUUUUUACUAUGGUUUCAAGACCUCUGGUUACACUUACAUGCAAUGUUAUUUCAAUGCAAUUAUUUGAUAAUUUAUUGUACGCUUUUUGUUUUAAAUUACCGGUACAUACAAGAAUUAGCCAAUGUAUGUAUGUAUGUAUGUAUGUAUGUAUGUAUGUGUGUGUGUAUGUGUGUAUGGGGUAUCUAGGAGGGGUAGCACCUCUAGUGGACAGGCAGUCGUACCCUCAUUUUGAUGGUAGCUUGGCCCACUCUUGGUAUGUAUGUAUGUAUGUAUGUAUGUAUGUAUGUAUGUAUGUAUGUAUGUAUGUAUGUAUGUACUUAUGUAUGUAUGUAUGUAUGUAUGUAUGUAUGUAUGUAUGUAUGUAUGUAUGUAUGUAUGUACUUAUGUAUGUAUGUAUGUAUGUAUGUAUGUAUGUAUGUAUGUAUGUAUGUAUGUAUGUAUGUGUAUGUAUGUAUGUAUGUAUGUAUGUAUGUAUGUACUUAUGUAUGUAUGUAUGUAUGUAUGUAUGUAUGUAUGUAUGUAUGUAUGUAUGUAUGUAUGUGUGUACUUAUGUAUGUAUGUAUGUGUGUAUGUAUGUGUGUAUGUAUGUAUGUAUGUAUGUAUGUAUGUAUGUAUGUAUGUAUGUAUGUAUGUAUGUAUGUAUGUAUGUAUGUAUGUAUGUAUGUGUGUAUGUAUGUAUGUAUCUAUGUAUGUAUGUGUGUAUGUAUGUAUGUAUGUGUAUGGUGUAUGGGGUAUCUAGGAGGGGUAGCACCUCUAGUGGACAGGCAGUCGUACCCUCUUUUUGAGGGUAGCUUGGCCCACUCGUGGUAUGUAUGUAUGUAUGUAUGUAUGUAUGUAUGUAUGUAUGUAUGUAUGUAUGUAUGUACUUAUGUAAGUAUGUAUGUAUGUAUGUAUGUAUGUAUGUAUGUAUGUAUGUAUGUAUGUA